AUGAAGGCGAGCACGACCGGAGAGAGGACGCUAGCCUCUAGCACCAGUCUCGAGGGAAAGAAUGGAGCCUCUGCCGAUGUCGAGAAGGUAUCUCCAGUCGAAAGUAGGGCCUCGUCACCCCCUCCGCCAGUGGGACCAUCGGCCCAACUUCAGACGCCAGCCAAGCCUCCGUUCUCGGCGCAGUUCCUGGAUGAGGACGAAGAUAUCUCCCGAGCACGUAGAACAUACAUCACGAUUCUCCUCCAGCGCACCGGGCUGAUCGUCACAGCAAUCUUCGCCAUCUUCUCCAUCUACUGGGGUGCUCUCUACAGAAUUCCCACUCAUAGCUUGGAAGGAUGGAUCGUCGAUUUUGACGGCGAUCAGAUAGGAGAGUUCAUAACCACCGAACUCAACGCAAGGUCAGGUCCCAUAAUACAUUGGAACAUCCAGCAGAGUGGAGAAGCGCUGAAGGACCCUGAUGAUGUUGCGCGGGCAAUUGUGGAUGAAGACUGUUGGAUUGCGGUAAUAGUCAAUCGCGGCGCAACAAGGCUCUUGAAUGCAACGCUGGCAUCCAAUGAUGCCAACUUCGAUUCUUCAACUUUAAUAACAGCAUAUGGGAUCGAAGCACGGAAUGAAAACGCAUAUCGGACAUUGCUUCGUCAUACAAUAGAAGAGUCCCUUCAAGAAAUCACAAAGGACUAUGCCGUCAGAAUGGUCUCGGAACUCAUUCGGUUGAACAUCUCGCUGGCCACGAUUCGGCCAGACGUGUUGGUGCGGCCAGUCUACUACACGCUGGUGAAUGUACGCCCCUUUGAUGUUCCUGUCGCCUCAGCAGUGACCUUUAUUGGAUUAAUUUAUCUGCUAAUUUUGUCUUUCAUUGUGGUCGUGAGUUUGAGCCUAUCAAGCUAA